CACACACACACACCUUACCAGCUCAAACCACCACUAACAGAACACACACACACCACGUUGCAGUUCACCUCUCCACUGCGGGUCGCCCACUGAUCUUUCCCCACGUAUAGAGGGAACUGGUUACUUGUCAUAUGAUCGAGGGCACUUAUAUAUUAAUUUAAGAUCGAGUUUGAGAAGGGAGAAGAAGAAGAAGAAGGGGAAGAAGACGUAAAUAAAUAACUAAAUGCAAUCAGAACCAUCGAAAGAACAGAGAGAAUAAGAGAACCAAAAAUAAGCUCCGUUGAGGCAUGAGUCACGUCGGUAAUGUUAACACUACAACAGUAAAAUUCUUCGUUGUGUGCAUGGCCGUGUCCCUCGUCUGCCUCCACAUGGAACUAACACACUUUAGAAGCAACACGCCACACGCAACACCUCGGGAACACCAUGAAUUCUACUGGAGCUCAUCUGGUUACCGAAGAACGAAAGUGCGAAGUCCCUUAAAGAAAGUUGAGAACGGUGAAAAGACUCUUGAUAACUCGUAUGAUGCUUCUGGGAGUAUGAAUGAAGUGUAUGACAGUGCUAAUGAGGAAGUGAUAUUAAAUGCUUUUCGAAGUGUAACGUAUAGAAAGCUAAGAAGUAAUUGGUCUGCUAGAUUCAAUUCAGGUGUUCAGAGGAGAGUCAGUGCUUCAAAUAACUUCGAAACUCUGCCUGAGAACGAUUCUUCUUUGAUGCAAACUCGACUUCAACGUUCUAAGUCUAUUAUCUUGAAGCACAACAACGCUUAUGACCAACUUAUUCACUUGCUGACAACUUUCACCAUACGAGGCAUCUCCAGCGACUUUCUCCCUCCUUCACGUCCCUCUACUCCAUUCCCCUCCUUGAAAUGUUCCUACGUCCUACCCUACAGCUCUUCCUCCUCCAUCUGCAAGAAAUCAAAGAGGCACUGUGUCAAAAUUUCCGCUGCUUCAGAAACCGGCCAACAGCUUCCCGUUACUCAUGUCAACACUCUCAGCCACACCAGAGUACAAGACGUUUAUCUGAGUGGUUAUGAGAAUCCGUUGAGUCGUGGCUGUCGCGUGGUGGAGCGAAAGGAAGGACGUAGAUUAGGGAACGAUAAAUCAGUCUUGCAAGUUAAAGCAGGAAAUGAGUGUUUAAAAGAUAUCGAUUAUCCGAAUACUUGUAAAGAAAGUAGGAAGAUUAGAGUACCCGAAGAAGAGGAAGAAGCAGAAGAGGAGGAAGACGGAAAAAGCUACACUCCAAUCCCUCUCACCAUCGACUCUCAACGCAGCUUCGUUCACGAGCUCGGAGCUCUUACGAAGUUCCCGCACUGUCUGGCACUUGAUCUACUGUUUGACCUCGCUGGCCUGAACUCCCUGCACCGGCACGAGGUUAUUUCCACCCUCCUUCAGGAGCUGCGGAAACUACUCUUCGAUCGGCAGUACCGGUUGGUGAGGUCCUCCACAGACGGCGGUGACCUGCAGCAGUUUCUCCACCAGGAGGGUCUUCAGCAGCCCCUACUCGUGCACGCGCUCUGGCAACGCCUCGACUGUGACUGACCCUCCAGUGACUCCAUUACUGUCUUUGCCCUUUCACGAUCUCUGACACACACGCGUAUCGAUAUUAUGAGUGGAACUGAAUAGAUACCCUGAUUUACUUAGAAUAGCGUCGACCAAGAAAGCGUGUCACUCCCUCGAGGAAAGCAAACCUCUUAAAAAGAACAGCUGGCGGUUCAACAACAACAAUAGUAACAACCAGUGAAAGGAAGGGAGCUGAGGAAGGAGGCAGCAUGGACCGAAGCACCCCCAAAAUUCUCAUAUACUGCUGGAACAUUUCCAUAUUUUACACACAAAGUUAAAAGCCAUACACAUACCUACACCCACAACACUGCUGUGUCAAGGAAAAUGCUAGUUGUAUACUUUAAGCAGUGCAAAGACGCACUGUUCUUUGAUUCAUUUGCAUCAAAUGUAAUUAAAAUCAAAACAUAUUAUGAUGAUGAUGAUAUGAAUAGUAGUCAGCAGCAGCUGCUGGGUACCUGUGUUACCCUACUGAGUAAAAUUACCUCAAUACUGAAAAUAGAUUCAAUGUAUUCACUUUGUCUCAGGUAAACAACUAUCACUAUAAUAAAUAUAAAAAUCAAUAACAGAAAACAGGUAAUUAUAUAUAGUGAAGUACCUAUAAGAAGGUGUGUUUCAUGUGAUAAAAAAGAUAAUAAUCAGCAUGAUGUAAUCAGCAGCUCAUCACGGCAGUAAAUCAGGAGAACCUUGCACAAAACCCAAAGCAAUGAUUUCUUUUAUUUGGUGUCAUGUUUACAAAUAUACAUUCACAAAAGAUCAUAAGUUAUUUUGUAUAUGUACAAAACUUUACAUUUAAUAAACACUAUUGAAAUUCACUAUAGCAAUCAUUUCAGAAAUUUCUCUCAUACCCAGGUUUAUUUAAUGAUUUCAUAUAUAUGUACUAAGAUAAAUUAACAUUGGGAUACCCCUAUGGACCUUUUAACUAAACCAGGGAACCCAACCAAAGCUGUACAGAAACGAUAAACCUCAUCAAGUUCAGUAAUUUUCUUCAUACUGACCAGCUGUCAUUCUAAUAAAAAAUAAUAAUAAUAAUGCUUUGGCUAUGUCUUAAAAGGCUAUACCGAGGAAUGGAAUGAAUGGGUGUGAGGAACUAAACACAGACCAGAAGCCUGGCAAGCGAGAGGUUCUAGCGUCCAAACACUUUGAAAACACAAUAAAUGGAAAUUACUUGAUAAUGAAAAAUCUCUAAAUAAAUCUGCUUGACUUUCAUUACAGGACAUCCUAAGUUGCUGCAACUGUAUUGGCACUAUCACAUCAUACAAGUGUUAUUCACCGAUACAUCUGUAUAAAAAGAAUCUAAACUAUUCUUAUAUAUAAUGAUAUGGGGGUAAAAUAACUUUGACAUAAAUACCUUGUACCAUUGUUGCACUCUUGCCGGACCACCGAGUUUCAAGAGCAGCGUGAGUACCAUACAGAAGUCUCUCGGAGAGUUGAGUAAGGCUACACAGCAUGACAUUCUGGCCCCCAAGGAGCAAGUAGAAACUCUGAAUAUGUGACACUUUUACAAAUGAAUUUUAAGACAGACUUCAAUUUCCUGCUUGAGGGCCAUUCCAUUAAAGCCUAAGUUUUAUGGAAAAUGUACUUGGAGUUAGCACUUCAUCUAGACUACCUAUAUGGUGUGUCAGUAACAAAAGACAAGUACAAACUGCUAUGUCUUAACAGAUCUUGGUCAGAGUUACCAUGUCUGGAUGGCUAUUCUAUUACCUAUGGAUGUGCUCAGACAUAUUAGAGUAGCAGAUGGGGAGGAAAUACUGCAAAUAAAAUUGUGCCUGUCAUUAUAUGCUAUAGUCUAAAUCUUUUUGAGUAGCAAAGUACAAAUUUUGCUUAACUGAAGAGCUUGCAGACCUUAUGGAAAAAACAUUCACACUAAAAGAAUAUAUAUGUUAUUACUUUAUGUGCUUUCUAGUUGGCAAACUGCAGUGCAGUUAAAUUCUGGCACAGAAGUAUUACUUGUAACUGCUUAGUAUCAGUCUUAGUGAAGUGAUAUGCCCACUAAGACUUUGCUGCUGAAUGUUACCUUCAGAACAGCACUGUGAUCUGUGUAUUCAGCAGGAAAAUUUCAAUAAAUCACAUAACCCAGUAAAAAUGUUUCUUAUUAACUUGCAUCGAUAAUACGUAGAUGUAUCAGCUAUUCCUCUGGUCAGGUAAUGAGCCUAGCACAAUAUCCCUUGCCGUUGCUGCUGCUUCUGCUGCUGCUGCUGGUACUGCUGCUGACUCAGUGGCAAUCCCCAAGACACAUCCAGAAAAAAUAUGAUUGACUCUUCACUGCUCCUAACUGUGUGGCCUCCCUCUGUCUACUCCGUCUCUUUUUCAGACACUAAAAUACUAUGGGAGGAUAACAAAAGCUUCCAAAGACACCAAUAAGCUUCUUACAUCACCAAGCACUUGCAAACACUUGUGUUCUCAUUAAAAUCACCUGCAGUAAUAUAAGUUUAUUGAGAGAAUACCGGAAAACAAAAAUAUAGAUAUAUAUAUAUCGCUAGUAUCUUUGGUAAUGUGGCAAUGGUAGUACUUCCUACCCUGUUACAACCACUUCUUAACGUUCCUUGACUGCUGAGUAAUUGCUCAAGACAGUCACUCAAUGCUAAGAGACCACCCUGAGGAAGUCCUUUAACCAUUAAACAUGUCAUAUUAUUAGGAGUACUUUGUCUGAAGUGUCUGCACUGUAAGUGGCUUCUGCGGGCCAUCACUUUGUUCGUACAUUUGCUUCUCAUUUAUCAUGGAUGAAAAUAACCCAUUGGAAUUCUUUAUGGAUCCAAAGUUGAAAGCUUCUUCAUGUACAAAUUUCUAAAACUGGAAGUCACAGAAAAGAAUGAAAAUAAAGCAAGUGAAAUAGGGCUUUCCUUUGGCUGAACUGCCAUUGAAUAAUUCAGACAAGACUCACACCAUAGGAGCCAGCAGCAAAAUUUUCCUUUGGCUUAGCAAACCCUAAACUCUUAAGUUAAUACUAUAUACCAUAGAAUGACAGGCUGGCAUGUCAAUGAUUUCCAAAACUAGCUGCUAAGAAAAUAAUAAUAAAUGUUUCAAUAGUGUUUAUUACAAAAAAGCAAAAACCUAAAUUUAUUUCCAUGACAUUUAGGUCUGAACUGAGUAAAGUUCUUUGCUACAAGAAGACCAGAGCAACACAGCCAAUGCUACCAGUCUUGUGUGAAUACUGUACAACUGUUUAGCAUUCAGUUGGGAAAUAAAAUCAGGUACAAGAGACUGACUGUAGGUAAGGCAUGAAAGCCUCCUGUUAUCACAUUUCAUAACUGCCGCAAUCUUGGCCGUAAAUAAUGGAAAAAAUAAUUAUUACCACUGGAACUUACAGUAAGUAUAACUCAUGAACGUGACGAUGACACAUACUUUCAUCCCUCAGCUCACGUGUUACCCAUAUACCAUUCAACGUAUGUGGAAGACUUUGUAUGAAAACAAAAGCAUGAAAAAAUUCUGCUUCAUGGAAACUUGGGAGAUAUUCAAGACUCUUAACACUGCACAUUAUUUACAACAGACAAAAUAAUAACCAAAUGACUUCAUACUUCUGGCUACCUUUUGCAGACCUGAUGAGUUUUUGUCACCCUUUGGAAUAGUAUAUAAACAAAGUAUUCAAAUAGAGAGAAGAGACCAUAAUCAACUGUUACCAAGACAAAACAGUGCGGUGAAACACUUGACCAGUGGUGCUAGUGCCUGUGUGUGUGUGUGUAGGGUUGGGUGUGUAACCAGUCCAAAAAAUGUGAAGUCUGAAGGCAGAGAUGACCAAGUGUGUCAGCAACCUUGCUUCCCACGCAUGAAAUUCAUAGCAUUGCAGAUCUGAAGGAACUGAAGGGGAGGGAGGGAAAGCUGAAAAGGUAAAUGACCUCUGUGCCUGAUGGUUUGUUGAAGGGUCUAUAUUCUGCAGGUAUAAAAAGCUAACUCUGACACUCUUCUAUCAAGCUCUGUGACUGCUGGUGAAGUAGAAAUAAUCUAGAGAGAAACUAUUUAGUAAUUCAAUUCAUCCUGAAAGAACAGUGAGAGAUGGAGGGCAAACAAUCUAUGCCUGGUUUAGAGGCACUGAGAACUCUGAAUUGGAAUCAACAUCACAAGAAGUGGAAAAUGGGUUAAGUAACUUGUAGUUACCAGUCUUACAUUAGAAGACACAUUAGCAUACAUGACAGAAGACACAUCAGCAUGUAAAAAGAUGUAAGUACUACACACCCAUCAACAAUAAAGUGAGACCAACUUCUAUUUGUAGAGAAACCUUCACAAUUUUAUUCUCCAACACCAUGGUCUCAAACCUCUCAUGAUACUUCUGAAAAUUUUAUCACCAUAACUAACCAAUUUGAAAACAAAAUGGUAUGUAAUGUUAAAAAAAAAAAAAAUACAUAAAUAAACAAAUCUUGAAUGAAAAAUGAUCUCCAGUAAAACAAACAAAAUAAAAAAGUCUGCUUUAGAAAUACUGAACUCCUUACUCAAACUGGAAGUCUCCAAUCUUCUAUUAGGUACCAAGAACUUAUUCUUUCAGAUAAUCCUAUCAACAGAAUUCUUGUUUGCCAUGUGUGUGUGUAACCCAUUUCCUGCUAUUCUUUCCUCCACCUCAUAUAUUUCCCCUUUUUAUUUUGUUCUGCCAUUUCCUUCACCCUUCACACCUAAACCCUAAAUGUGAAUCAUAUAAGUAGCUUCAAGCAAAACAAUUAUUUUUUAAUGUUCACAUCAGAUCCCUCUAUUCUGCUACACCCUAUCACACCCUUGGAAAAGAAAUUGUUAGCACCUAAAAGAUUUCUGCAUUGAUUCCAAAGGGUUGAAGUUAAUCAAGUGAAGCUUUCUCGUGCUGCAGAGCGAUAACACUCCCAUGAAAAUAGGCAAAUUCUUCACUAAACAAAUAUCACACAGAUAUAAUACCUGUUCAGAGAAGGUUAUUGGGAACUUUCUGGGGGAGAGGCCAGACACUAAAGUGCAUAACUCAGGCAGAGGAAAAGCAGUCUAUAUAAGUCCAGAUAAGGAAAUGCAGGGCUGACUGAUUGACCAGACUUCCUUGUACGGUAUAAGUGGUUGUCACUCAGAGGAGUGUGUGUGUGUGUGUGUGUGUGUGUGUGUGUGUGUGUUAGUCAUUGCACUUGCAACCCUCUGUCAAGCAUAAAAGGAAGAGUAAAGAGUGAAGGAGAGAUGAUAUUAACCUGGUUUACACUAAACAGAUGGAUAAAAGAUCUUUCAAGCCUGUUCAAAGAUUAGAAACAUCUUCCAAACACUAUGAGUGCACUGCCUUACAAUAUGAGACAAACAAGUGAAGGUUAUACACCUCUUCUUAUAGCAAGGCUGAAGGGGCACACGUCCCUCAAGUAUUGAAACUCUUGUAUUCAGCAACAGGGGCCCAGAGAGCUCCUCCCUCUCCUCCUCCCCUAAAGCACCAGCACCAAGACACAAGCAGUGAAGUUACAUUUUACUUCCUUCCCUUUAGCAAGGAAAUUUCACUAUUUUGGAAUACUGCUCUCAAUUGAAAGUUCUAGUUUUUUUUUUA